ACAAAGACCCAACACAAUACAGACUACAGAGCUGAGUGUUUUGGACUGUGUUUUUUAGCUUUGACAUGGCUACCAACAAAACUGCUGGAAAGCCAAUUCGUUGCAGAGCUGCAGUGGCAAGAAAAGCAGGAGAAGCACUGGUGAUAGAGGAAGUGAUUGUGGCUCCACCUAAAGCCCAUGAAGUUCGUCUAAAAAUCAUAUGUACUUCUCUCUGUCACAGUGACUUUACCUUCUGGAAAUUGAAAGAACCUGCAUGCUUUCCAAGAAUAUUCGGCCAUGAAGCUUUCGGGGUUGUGGAGAGUAUUGGAGAAGAUGUUGAGGAUUUAAAAGAAGGAGAUCCAGUUGUCCCGAUAUUUUUGCCCGACUGUACAGAAUGUAUAGAUUGCACAUCCAAAAAGAGCAACGUUUGCUCAAAAUUCCAAUUUAAGGGCUCUCCGUACAUGCCUAGAGAUGGCACAAGCAGAUUCACUACUGCUGACGGAGAAGCCUUGUACCAUUUCCUGUUUGUAUCAAGUUUUGCCGAGUACAUUGUUGUUGACAUUGCUAACGUAACAAAGAUUGAUCCUCGUGUUCCACCUAACAGGGCAUGCCUCCUUAGUUGUGGAGUAUCAACAGGACUAGGUGCUGCUUUUAAAACGGCAAAUGUGGAACCAGGAUCAACAGUAGUAAUAUUUGGUUUGGGCGCAAUUGGAUUAGCUGUUGCAGAGGGAGCAAGGAUAUGUGGUGCUACAAGAAUUAUUGGUGUAGAUAUAAACUCAGACAAGUUCGAAAUAGGAAAGCAAUUUGGAGUGACCGAUUUCGUCAAUUCCAAUAGCUUUGGGGAUAAACCUAUUAGCCAGGUGAUAAAUGAAAUGACUAAUGGAGGUGCUGACUACUGCUUCGAAUGUGUUGGUCUCGGAACAGUUGUGCAGGAAGCAUAUGCUUGCUGCAGAAAGGGUUGGGGAAAGACAAUUGUUUUAGGAGUUGAUAAACCGGGAGCAGAUUUGACCUUUAAAUCUUUCGACGUGCUUCAUAGUGGGAAAACUCUCAUGGGAUCACUGUUUGGGGGUCUCAAACCCAAAUCUGACAUUCCUCUUCUUGUCAAACGUUACCUCGACAAGGAAUUGCAACUGGACAAGUUUGUGACUCAUGAAGUGAGUUUUCAAGACAUCAACAAGGCUUUUGAUUUACUUGCUCAAGGAAAGAACCUACGAUGUGUUAUUUGGAUGGAUAAAUGAUGGAUCCUGUUACACUUUUUAAACAAGAAAUGCUCUUUAUGGUUUAGGUUAUUGCACCUCAAUGGUAGUCAUGUACCUCCAUUUUAUUACCAAUUAAUAUCUAUUUUAUUCCCUCUAAUAAUAGCUCCAGUAAUCCAUGGCAAUCGUAAUGUUAAGUCGAUCUGUUGGCUGUUGCUAUUCAAAUAAGAUAAAAAGUAUUUCAUAGUUAUUACA